GCCCCUUCUACGGAAACCCCACCCACCGAGCGUCGGCUGCUCUGACAUAACCAAUAGUGCCUUACAUCUUGCAGGCCACGUUACUGAUAAAGAGAAGAAAAGAAAGACACAAAGACAUUUUUUUUACAUUCGCCAAAACGAAACACCUCGUGGAAAUCUGCAGUUCUGUGCCUUGCAGCCUGCACAGACCAUGAACGAAAGAAAGAAAGAAAGAAUGAAAGAAAGAAAGAAAGGUCCUUCACAUGUCCAGCAUACAAAGACCAACAACUAUUCACAGUGUAUACACAGUUCCAAUGAACACUUCAGCAGAGGAAUCUAGCAGGAUCCUCCAGGUUCCUGAUCUCCGACAAGUCAAGGUGUUAACCAAGGCUGAAUGGCUGAGGAUUCAGGAUGAAUUGAACCAGGUUAAUAAAGACAAGGAGAGUUUGAGGGAGGCAGUGAAGCAGAGAGAAGCCAUGCACAUACAAUCAAAAGAGGUGGUGAAAAAAUGGUCCAACACCAUCGCUGGUCAGAGGCAGAAGAAGCUGGAAGCAAAGAAGAUCCGUGAGCAGAUUGAGGAGGAGAAACGGAAACAGGUUGACAUCGAAGAGGCCAAAUACCUGCAGCAACAGCGCAAAGAGGCCAUUGAAAAGGCCAAGACUCAGCUGUAUUAUCAAACUGACAGAGUCAGAGGAUUACAUAGUGCACUGUUGCUGACGGAGGUGUUGAAGGAGAGAGAAGCACAGCUCGAACUGAAGAAAGCAACAAAGAGUGCUUCUAAAGAUGUCGAAAAAGAGUUCAUGCAUAUGGUUAAGACCAGAGAGGAUGAAGCUCUGAGGAAAGAGAAGGAGAAAGCCCUUGAGAAGAAACGUGAGAGAAAGGCUGUUGCAGAGGACCUGAAAAAUCAGAUCAAGGAAAAUGAGUCGGCCAGAGAGCAACAGAAGAUGGAAAGCAAGAAGGAUGGAGAGGGAAUUCAACGCCUACAAACACUCUAUCAGUGGGAGCAACAAAUGGAGGAAGAAAAACAAGCAGAGCAGAAGAGAAACCUAAUGCAUACUCACCUGGAACAUGUCACCAAUAGAAACCUCAUCAGAGCAGCGGACACACAAAAACAGGAGGCUGAAGAGGCGCAGAGGAAACUUUUCCUUACUGCUAAAGAAAAAAUGAUCAAGUUGAGGAAAGACAAAGAAACAGAGUUGUUCAGAGAGGCGCAGAAGCACAGACAGAGGAUCAUAGACAAACUAACAGACACGCAGCGAGAACAGGCUGUCAGUGAAGAGCAGAGGAUCGCUCAGGCUGUCGCUGAACAGGAGGCGAAACAGGAGCAACAGCGGAGGGAGGAGGAGAGGAAGAAGGCCCAAAUGUUGAAGUCAAUCACUGGGCACAGACAACUGAUGAAAGAGGAAAAGGAGCAGAGGGACAAGGAGGUGCAACAAAACGCCAGAGACAUGCUCCAGGCCAUAAAAGAGGCUGACACAGUAUUUUCUGAGAAACAAAAACUGAAGUCGCAGCAGAUGAGAGAAGAUCUAAGAAAACUACAAGACUUCAAUAUCACACAAAUGACUGCAAGGAUUUCCAAGCAACAUCAGCUCAUAAAGGAAGAACAUGUCUUUGAGGAGAAGAACAGAGACCUUGUGGCUGAAGAAGAGAACCAGUUUCAACAGUAUUCACGGCACAUCAUCAGCGCAGCAGCAGACGCUCAGAGGAACAUCAUUCCACUUUGCAAAGCUGCAAGGGAAGGGAUAGGAGGAGGGCCUGGUCCUGUGUUUAGUGGAUUCAGGCCCAGCUACCUUGUUCAGGACCGUAGUGGUGCUCAGAUGCCAAAAUAUGUCUCUAAUGUUACUCAGAACAUCAAAACACUCAAUGAAGUAGAAGAUAUCCAGGAUGCAAAGAAGAGACUCGGGUUUAUAUGGUGAUGGUGCCAUGCAGUGUUUCACUUCAUCUUUGAACAUGUUGCUACUUUUCCCAUAGUGUUAGGUCUGCUGAUUAAAUGGCAUACAAAGGCCCCCCAAAAUCUACUUGUACAACACUGUAAUCCUUUUAUUGUUUUCAAAGGUUUUCAUUUAUGACUGUAGAUCUCGGGCUAUUCAGAAAACAUUAGGGGCUGACAGAACUGUAAAAUACUCAUCAGUCUUUGCUUGAGUGUUUUUAAUUUAUCAUUUAACAGCUGGCGCUUCAUUUAAUAAUCUUUCCUCUUUUUGUUUUUUAAAGAUAAGUGUUCAUUCCUCCAUGGCUCUUGUUGUGAUACAGCUCUCACAUCACAUGGGCUCAUAGUCAAUGAUAUUAAGCUUUCAUUUAAAGACAGCAGAUGUUAUAAGCUAAUGUAUGUGAAAUACAGAUACUGUUGCCACUGAAUGAUGAUAUUAUAGAAUACUAGAUAAUUCAAUAGAACGUUUUGAAGGAUCCAAUCAUUUUGUAACAGACUCUCUAUUGACUAUUAUAACAUGUUUGUGAAUCUUUACAUGAAUGUUUCGUCUGAGUCUUAAGUUUCUUAGACACACACGAACCACAUAAAAGGAGUGAGUCCUUUUAAUUUAUUAAAGGGCAACAUUCUAUUUAAAUAUCCAA